AUGAGAAGAAGGCCUGUGGGAGUAGCAAGCGUAACUUAUAGAAAGCGAACUGAGAAAGAGUUUCAGCAAAUUGGCGAUUCUAUUGCAGCGAAAGAGCUAGAGCAGCUGCAAAGUCAAAUGGAUGUCUUCAAGACCAAUCUACAAGAAUUUGCUCAAAAACAUCGCAAAGACAUUCGAAAAGAUCCAACGUUUCGUGCCCAUUUUCAACGUAUGUGCACCAAUAUCGGUGUGGAUCCUCUUGCGUCCAAUAAGGGUUUUUGGGCGGAUUUGUUGGGUGUAGGCGACUUUUACUAUGAAUUAGGGAUUCAAAUCAUCGAAGCGUGCAUUGUCAGUAGGAUCAACGAUGGCGGAUUGACAGAAUUGAGUGAAAUUAUGCGACGAGUGCAAGUGAUGAGAGGUUCUAACAACGACAAGCAACAGCAACAGCAGCAAAUUUCAGAAGAUGAUAUUACACGAGCCAUCAAAACACUAAAGCCUCUUAGUGGUGGGUAUGAAGUGCUCCUGAUUGGAGACAGGAAACUCGUUAGAUCAGUUCCCAAAGAACUAGAUAAAGACCAAUCGGCUUUACUAUUAUUAGCCCAGAAAACGGGAUAUGUUGAUUACGACAUGAUCAAGAAUGAAUUGGGCUGGAAUCCAGAGAGAAUUAAAACUGCUACACAACACUUGCUACAAGAUGGCAUUGCUUGGUUGGAUCAAUUUGGAGAAAAAGAAUCAUUUUGGAUACCCACUUACUUUAUUGCAAAUUGA